AUGUCUCAAUCGCCCCAAAACACCGUCGACCUGAACACGUUGCCCGCGCAGCAACUCUCCGCACUCCAGCAACGGCUGUCCCAGGAACUCGAGCACCUGAGCACAUCGUACCAGCGCCUGUGCGCCGCACAGUCUCGCUUCCGGGACUGCAUCCGCAGCAUCCAGGACGGAAUACAGGGAAAGAGCGGGGAAACACCCCUCCUCAUCCCACUGACCACCUCACUCUAUGUCCCCGGAAGGCUCGCAAACCCCUCCGCUUCUCCCUCCGACUCCUCACCCACGCCGAAAGCUAAAGGCGCAGGCACGACCGCGACCGUGCUGGUCGACGUGGGCACAGGCUUCUAUGUGGAGAAGUCGACGGCCGACGCGGUGAAAUUUUACAGCGACAAGAUCAACGAUCUGAGUCGCAACCUGGGGGAUAUUGAGAAGGUCGUCGCGGGCAAGAAUGACAACUUGAAGGCUGUUGAGGAUGUCCUACGGCAGAAGAUGUUGACUGAGGGCUCUGGUGGCCCGAGGCCUGGGCAGGCCCUGCAAACGAGUGCAGGGUAG